AGAGGUUGUGUUUACUUCCGGAGUAGCUUCCUCUGGAUGAAACCUCAUGUUGCUAACGGCCAAAAAGAUGUUUUUGAAAACUAUUUACUUUAAAUUUAGAUUUUAGAGUUGCUGCAACUCGAAAAAAAGGGUUUACUCAUGACGAACAAGAAUGGCGAAGUAGAGUGGGUUGAGACAACUGAGGAGGUUGUUGAAACUGACGAGUGCCUCUCCCUGAAGGACAGCACCGCUGCAGUGGUAGCUGAUUUACAGUCGACUGAAACAUCACUCGAGAAACUGUUGAACACUGUGGGGCAAGGAGAAAGCACCGAGGGUCAUGAUGGCUUCUGUUGUGAGGAGUGUCUGCCUCUCUUUCAGGAUCAGAGUAAUCCUGAUCACAUUAAUGGGCCAUCAUUUGUUCUCGACUUUCCAACAACCAUGGGUGUCUCACAACGAGCUCUCCUCACUUUACCCUUUGGCCUCAUGAUAGGCAGAUCUAGUAUUCCCAGUGCAGGAGUAGGGGUAAUAAAUCAAGGACCAGGGCUGUCUCCAGGAAUGCAUUUUGGACCAUAUGAGGGGAACGUAACAACGAAAGAAAAUGCCAUGACUAGUGACUUUUGCUGGGAGAUUCACAAAGGAGAAGACCAGUAUGAGUACGUAGAUGCCACCAACGACUCUUAUUCAAACUGGAUGAGGUAUGUGAACUUUGCUCGCAACAAGGACGAGGCCAACCUGUUGGCAGUCCAGUACAAAGGCAGCAUCCUGUUCCACUGCUGCCGUGCCGUACCGACGGGAGAUGAGCUCACAGUAUGGCCCAGCAGCCAACUGCUCGCCCAUCUCAGCAGAGAUUGGACGGAGAUGUUGUCUUUAAAGAUGAACAUAACAGAGAGCAGUGAGUCUUCGUCGUCCCCAAUUUUCCUGUGCCCCAACUGUCUUCUCUCAUUCACUACGGAGAGCUUCCUCCUCCGCCAUAUAGAACACUUUCACUCGCAGCCUAAAGCAGAUGAGGCAGGCGGUGAGGAAAACCACGCUUCUGAAGACGACCCUUCCCCGUCUCUUGUGAUGCUUGUCGAUCCAGUUAAAUCCAAAACGUGCGAUGAUUGUGGGAAAGUUUUUAAACAAGUCCCCCACCUCAGGAGGCACAAGCUGUGCGUGCACUCCAACAAGCGGCCUUACUGUUGCUUGCAUUGCAGGAGAAGUUUCAGCCAGGCGUCCGGUUUGCUCAGACACCAAAGUGUUCAUAGAAAACAGGGUUUUGGAAAACCUGCAGUCUCGAACAAAUUGGUCUCUGCAGCAGAGAGCUCACCACUGAAAGGAGAACUUUCAAACACGGCUGCAGCAGCUAUGUCUGAGGAGAUAAAAGAAAUCAACUCAACUGAGGAUCCCCAAGUGAAUGUGGAUGUUGGUGGCGAUGAGAAGACACUUGCUGGGGAAGCAGCAACACACCAGCUGGAUUGUUCAGUUUGUGGGAAGAGCUUCACAAGUGAAGCACACUUCAAGAAGCACAAGGCAACUGUUCAUGAGAAUUUACGCCCUUAUGUCUGUUCUGUGUGCCAAAAAUGCUUCAGCCAGUACAACGACCUGCACAGACACCUGCAAAGUCACCGAAAGCAAAACAGACCUGGAAAGAAAAUGACUGAGGAUUCAGAGGACGCUGCCACAAUGCCAUUUAGCUGUGGCGAGUGUACAGUGGCUUUCUCUACUGUGGACGCCCUGCAGCAGCACAUAAAUGAGCUGCACUCCGAGGAGUUGGCUGCUGAAAGUCAAGAAAGCAGUUUAGCUCCUACUGCAGAAACCAAAGACCCCACCUUAAACCUUGCCUCUCUGAGGCCUCAGCGGCUCAAAGCCAGGUCUAAAGUAUCUGCCGUCACCAAGCUUGUAGCACCUAAAUGCAAAGCAAACGCUCAGCCAGAGGCCUCUGCAGUCAGAAAUACAAAAAUAAUGAAAUACAAUUGGUUUAGCUGCAAUCACUGCAAACAAACAUAUGGAAACCCAGAUGAUCUUAAAGCACAUAAGUGCACUUUAAAGCCAUUGAAGUGUGGUCAGUGUGGCGCUGCUUUUGGUAAGUCUAGUCUGCUCAGGAGACAUAAGCAGAUGGAGCAUGGAAGAGUGAAAUCUUUCUGUUGUGACUCCUGUGAUAAAGGCUUCUCUACGUCUGCAAAGCUUAAACAGCAUCAGAAAAACAAAUCUUGUCAGAAGUACCAUUGCACCUCCGAGCUUUUCUCUUGCUCCUUCUGCCAGUUCUCCUUCACCAUGAAGAGUUAUCUAAUCAAACACAUCAAGAGGCACCACCCCAUGGAGUUUGUGUCACGCUGCCCAUCAGACAGCUUGAUGGACCCACUGGAGGAGAAAGAGGGGGAGUACAUGUGCUCGGACUGUGGGACACAUUGCAUGGACGCAGAAUCUCUCAGAUCUCAUACGUGCAUCAGGCAGCUGAAGGUUCUGUAUUUGUGCAACGACUGCGGGAAGAGCUUCACCAACCACUACGGUCUGAAGCAGCACCAGCGCAUUCACACGGGCGAGAAGCCUUACAGCUGCAUCCACUGCAGCAAGAGCUUCUCCUAUGUGGGCCAGCUGAACGUGCACCUCAGGACUCACACCGGGGAGAAACCCUACCUGUGCACCCACUGCGGCGAGAGCUUCCGCCAGUCGGGAGAUCUGAAGAGACACGAGAGGAAGCACACGGGCGUGAGGCCGCACAUCUGCAGCGAGUGCAGCAAGAGCUUCAGCCGCCCGCAGAGCCUGAAAGCUCAUCUGCUGCUUCAUCAGGGACAGAGACUGUUCAAAUGCAGCCAGUGUGGGAAGAGCUUUUCCAGAAACUAUCAUCUCAGAAGGCACCAUCAGAAGGUGCACACAUAGACAGAACACAUUAUACGGACUGUCAUUACUUUGAAAGAGCUCAAAUUACCCCAGGUAAAUCACUUGAUAGAUGGCUGUAUUUAGGAGUCUAAAUAAACCUUUGCAAAGGUCAUUUUAGAAGCUUAAUGUUAGCCUGUUUUUAUUUCUUCCUAAAACCUGUUAUUAUGUGGGUUGGUGAUAAAGGUGUUAAUAGAAAACACAGUAGUGUCAAAAUUUAUACCAUCUUCCUGUUGAUUUGUGAUGAACGUGAAGAAUUUGGAAAAAGCUCCCCUUCAUUAUGCCAUCCACUUUGUGCAAACCAUUUCUUCUCAUUACAGCAAAACAUCCCCACAGCAUGAUGCUGCUGCCACCAUGUUUUAUAGUUAGCACAGUGUUCCAAAGCCUCACCCCUGCUCCUACAAAUAAACGUAAUCUUUAAACGGUAAA